AUGCUGCCCUCUUGGACCAUCGGCCUUCUCCUGCUGGCCACAGUCAGAGGAAAGGAGACCUGCUAUCCACCUCUUGGCUGCUUUUCUGAUGAAAAACCGUGGGCCGGGAUCCUUCAGCGGCCUUUGAAGUUACUUCCCUGGGCCCCCAAGGACAUUGACACCGGCUUUCUUCUGUACACAAAUGAGAAUCCGAACAACUACCAACUGAUCACUGCCACCGACCUAGCCACCGUCGAGGCUUCAAAUUUCCAGUUGGGCCGCAAGACACGCUUCAUCAUCCACGGCUUCAUAGACAAGGGGGAGGACAGCUGGCCGUCAGACAUGUGCAAGAAAAUUUUGAAAGUGGAGGAGGUGAACUGCAUCAGUGUGGAUUGGAGACGUGGAGCCUGGACAGAAUAUACUCAAGCCGUCCACAACAUCCGGGUGGUGGGAGCAGAGAUCGCUUUCUUCAUUCAAGAGCUGUCGACCGAGCUGGGCUACGACCCCGAGGACGUGCACCUCAUCGGCCACAGCCUGGGCGCGCACGCGGCGGGGGAGGCCGGCCGGAGGCUGGGGGGCCGCGUGGGCAGGAUCACAGGACUGGAUCCAGCAGAGCCGUGCUUCCAGGGCACACCUGAGGAGGUUCGCCUGGACCCGUCUGAUGCCAUGUUUGUGGAUGCAAUUCACACAGAUUCUGCUCCCAUAAUUCCUUUCCUCGGUUUUGGAAUGAGCCAAAAGGUGGGCCAUCUGGAUUUCUAUCCAAAUGGAGGAAAUCAAAUGCCUGGAUGUCAGAAAAAUAUCCUUUCAACCAUCAUUGACAUAAAUGGACUAUGGGAAGGAACCCAAAACUUUGCGGCUUGCAACCACCUAAGAAGCUACAAGUAUUACUCAAGCAGUAUCCUCAGCCCUGAUGGCUUCCUGGGCUACCCGUGUGCCUCCUACGAUGAGUUCCAGGAGAGUAGCUGUUUCCCUUGUCCAAUUGAAGGAUGCCCCAAAAUGGGGCACUAUGCUGACCAAUUUCAGGGGAAAACCAGUGCUGUGGGGCAAACCUUUUUCCUAAACACGGGAGACAGUGGUAACUUUACUUGUUGGAGAUACAGAGUAUCAGUCACACUGGCUGGAAAAAAGAAAGUGAGUGGGUACAUCAGGAUUGCUUUGUAUGGACGUAAUGGCAACUCAAAACAAUAUGAAAUUUUCAAAGGAUCCCUCCAACCAGAUGCAAGUCAUAUGCUUGACAUUGAUGUGGAUCUCAAUGUUGGAAAAAUCCAGAAGGUUAAGUUUCUCUGGAAUAACCAUGUGAUAAAUUUCUUCCGGCCCAAACUGGGGGCUUCCCAGAUCACGGUGCAAAGUGGUGAAGAUGGGACUGAGUAUAAGUUUUGUAGCAGUGACACGGUGCAAGAUGACGUUUUACAAUCUCUCUACCCUUGUUAAAAAUGUGGUGCUUUCUUAGGGCCGGCCUGGUGGCGUAGCGGUUGGGUUGGUGUGCUCCACUUUGGCGGCCCGGGG